CAGUCCCCUGGCAUCAGCCGCCCAGAGCUGUUUACCGCUCCGCUCCUUUCCUUUCUCUCUCCGUCUACUCCAGUAGGGUCCACCACUGCCAUGGAGACCUCUGCAUCCUGCCACUGUCCUUUGAGGAAAACAACUGGAGAUACCAGAGAGAAGAAAACGAUGAUGUUCAAAGAGUUCACCAAAGGAUUCUCUCAACUUUCCCUGAGAACCUCUCUCCGACGGAGACUUGGAAGAUACAACAAUGAAACCAGCAUUAGACCACUGAAUUUCACAAGGAGUCUGGCAGUGUCAGACGGAGAGCUGAAUGUGGUACCAGAGGAGCGUGGGGCCAGUGUGGGCCUGUGUUCCAGCAGUAACUCCAGUCUCCCCACUGUGCCCAGUGAUGGAGCCAGUGGUGUGGGGAAGGUGGCUAGCUGGGCUGUGAGCUUUGAGAGGCUCCUACAGGACCCAACUGGGGUCCUCUACUUCACGGCUUUCCUGAAGUCGGAGGUCAGUGCUGAGAACAUCUUAUUUUGGCAGGCAUGUGAAAAGUUCAGACAGAUCCCAGCCAAUCAGAAAGAGAAGUUAAAUCAGGAGGCUCGCUCCAUCUACAGCAGUUACCUCUCAGGCAGUGCCUCCCAUCCCAUCAACAUUGAUGACACAGUCCGCAUCGAGGAGCGGGAAGUGAGAAACCCUCACCCUGACAUGUAUCACAAGGCUCAACAACAGAUCUUCAAGCUGAUGAAGUUUGACAGCUACACACGCUUUGUUCGCUCCCAGCUCUACCAGAGCUGCAUGUUGGCCAAUGUGGAGGGCAGGCCUCUACCUGAGCUGGGCCCCCGCUUGAAGAGCACAGCAACCAGAAAGACUGCUGGGACUGACAUCCCCGCUCUUAGUAACAGACCCAAGGCUGACCAGAAACCCAAAGAGAAACCAAAGGUUAAACCAGGAAAGUCUCUACCUUUGGAUUUGGACGAGGGAGCAGAGAAGAGAAAAGGAGCUCCACAGAACAAGCUGACCAGUGAGAAAGGACGGGAAAAGAGGGGAUCGUGGGGAGCCGAGCUUGCUGACCAUGCUGCAGUCUUACAGAGCACAGCCAGGUCGGGGUCUCUCCUCAAAGCAGUAGAGCAGUUGGAGAGGGAGCGUUGGCGUGCGGGCCAGGCUGAGAAGUACUGCUGUGUGUUCCUGCCUGAUGGCACUGCCUCCCUGGCACCAGCCCGACCUGGCCUCUCCAUCCGCACCAUGCUCACUGGGCUCUGUGAGAAGAGAGGCCUCCCCCUCUCGGAUGUCAUAAUCUACCUGCAGGGCAAGGACAAGAAGCCCCUCUCUUUGGAUCAGGACAGUUCAGUUCUGAAGGAGCAGCAGGUCUUUCUGGAGCUCAGGGUGACUUUUGCGGUGGAGAUAGUGUCCACAGGGAAGACAGUGGGUAUUGUGGUAAAGUCCAGUAAGUCUCUACAGGAAGCACUGACCCCAGUGCUCCAGAAGCAACGUCUGCGACCACAGGAUGUCAUAGUCACCAUGAGUGGGAGCAAAGAGUCCCUAAGCAUGAGCAUGGCCGUAACCUCCCUGGCCAACAAAAAGCUAACACUGGACAGAGUGAAAGGUACUGAGCAGAGCAGCAGGUCAAUGGUGAGUGGUAGCUCCUCAGGCCCUGUGUCUCAGCAGUAGAGGCAUCACCCAAGUGUUUGCUACACGUUGGAUGUGGAGGAGUAUGAAGUCCAGGCUACAUAGAGGCUGAGCUGAGGAUGACAUCAGGGUCAGCAAGCCAACUCCAUCAUCUUGCAUCACAGGCUACAGAGAGGCAGAGGAUAACACCAGAGCCGGCAAGCAAACUGCAUCAUCUGGCAUCACCAUCAUCAAACCAUAAUUUAACUCGAUUUAGGAGCCUGAGAUCGCUGAUCUACUGAGGGAGUCCUGCUCUAGGCAUGACAAUGUCUAUGACAAUGUCAUCCUGUCUUUUGUUUUAUUAUGUGUUAUAUAUGUAACCCAAGUAGGCUAAGUCUACUGUGUAGCCUAGGCCUACUAUGUUUGUGUUUGUAAAAUUUUUUAAACCAUUUAUUUAAUACGUUUUCAAACUUUUUUGUGUCAUCCUUGAUGAUUUUAAAUGCAUUAUCCACAUGUGUGAUUGUAUUGCGUUUUAAAUUGUCAAAUAAAUCUAUCUAUCAACUACGGUGUGGAGUACAGUAUUCUACAGUAUACUACAGUUGACUACAGAAUUCUAUAGUAAGUACUAUAAUAUUCUAUAGUAAACUGUAGUAUUUUUUAUGCGGGUAUCGCAGACAUUGCCAUUGGAGGCGCCGAGUCAUAUUAGUAAUAAUCCCAUGCAGCCUUGUUACAAGUUGGAACACUGGAAUGUGUGAUGUAACCUACACCCCGAUUAGGCUGAUAUAAAUACUUAUUAUUUUGUUGAAUGAUAUUCAAUUAGAUUGCCAUUAUUUCAAUUUAGCAUACACUUUCUCGUUCUGAACUUCUAAAGCGAGUGGGACAGUUGUAGCUUCGUGACAACCACACGAGCAGCUGCUCACCGAUUUGACAGCUCUAACACAGUUACAACUCCGACACCGCCAAAAUACCAGCUAUGCGGGUGUCCGCUAUUGCCGGUUAACGUUUGAUCUGAUUGAAUCUUUAAAAAGUUAUUGGCAUUUCCAACAAUGUGACAUUU